AAAGCAGCCAAUGAAAAUGAAGAAACAAACCAGCACUUCCGGGUUUACAGUUUGACAGUACCUGUCAGUAAUAUGAUAGCAACUGUGAACAAUAUCGUGUUUAUUAUGGAUUAGAAACAACUUGUCUUCGCAGAGCGAUAAACCCGGACAUUUUGACCUGUGGCGGCAUACGGUAAAUGAGUGGAAACUCGAGUCCCAGGUGCAGUCAUGCCCAUCUCUCUGCUGUGGGCAGUGGACGUGCAUGGCCGGGUCUUCAGCCUGUCCACAGCAGGCCAACAGUGGGAGCAAUGUCGUGACGCCCAUAUAGAGUUCAAGCGGGUGGCAGCGGCUCAGCAGUGCUGCUGGGGCAUCGCCUGCGACAACAAGAUCUACUUGAACGUCCAUGCUUCUGACGUACCCAUCCGCUUCCAGGAGGAGACCUACGAGAAUCAACGAUGGAAUCCAGUUGAUGGUUUCUCCGAGCGCUUGUUGCCAAGCGACCGCUGGCAGUGGAGCGAUGUCACGGGUCUGCAGCACCAACCUCCAUCCAGUUUUCAGCUCCCUUCCAGCAGCUGGGAGUGGGAAGGUGACUGGUACGUGGAUGAGAACUUUGAGGGGGAACCCACAGAGAAGGAGGGAUGGACUUACUCCAUUGACUUUCCAGCAGUUUAUACCAAAGACAAAAAGUGGAACUCCUGUGUCCGCCGCAGGCGCUGGCUUCGUCACAGGAGGUACAAGGCCAUGGACUCUUGGGCUGAGAUCCCCUCGCAGGAGACAUCUCUCCCAGAUCCUUUCGGUGACAUCAGCUGCGGUGGAUGGGAGAUAAGCGAGGAACCCCAAGGUCGACUUUCACUGUGGACAGUGUCGUUACAGGGGAAGGUGUGGUUCAGAGGGGAUAUCUACUAUAACAAUCCUGAGGGUUCUUUUUGGUCUGAAAUUCCCCUUCCCGGGGAGGUGAUCCAGAUAAGCUGUGGCGCUGAGGAGCUGGUGUGGGCUGUGCUGUGGGAGGGUCAGUUUAUUGUCAGAGAGGGCAUAAGUCGAGAUUGUCCCCAAGGUACUCUUGCUCAGCAGAAUGAGUUUUGUUUAUUUUUUUUAGUUCUGAAAGCGGGGCUCUUCUUCUUCUUCUUCCACCUAGGUACCUCCUGGUCUGUUGUGGACUCUCCAAGUCCGGAUGUUGGUGCCAUGCACGUGGCUGUAGGAGUCAAUGCUGUUUGGGCUUUGACCAAGGACAACAAAGUGUGGUUCAGGCGCGGUGUGAACGCCCACAAUCCCUGCGGAUCUGGUUGGAUAAGCAUGGUUGGAGAAAUGAUCAUGAUCAAUGUUGGACUCAAUGAUCAGGUGUGGGCCAUCAACAGCGAGGACCGGGUUGUGUACUUCCGUCAGGGCGUCACGGCGAGUGAACUUAGUGGGAAGACCUGGAGGGCCAUCACUGUUCUCCGAGAUGGGGAUCGAUGUCAUUCCAGUGCCAGCAGCCAACAGAGUGCUGGAUGUUACUUCAGUGAAUUUCAUCCACCAUCUGCUGUGAGUGAUGUGGAAUCUGACACGGAGAAAGGAUCCACAGAUGAAGCGACCUCUUUCAGUUCCCACACUGAACCCUCUGGCCAGACGACCGAAACCCCGAAAUCCCACAUCCCAAAAGUUACCAGUGACAGCUUCAUCUCUCAGCUGGUUUCUGACAGGGAACCAACCUCUGCCGCUGUCCCACCAGCAGAGAGCAUCCCUGAAGAAUCACUUAUCGGGACACUGACUGACGAUGGGGUUCAGACUAAAGCCCCACUUGACACUCAGUGGAGUAAUGUGGAUCUGGAGGGGGCACAGAGCCAGCAGGUCCAGUUGUGCGCCGUGUCUGACUCCGCAGAAACUUGCAGCCUGUCAUCUGUGGCCACUGACAACCUGGCCAUGGAGGAGCUGUAUGGGGCAGACGAGCCCCCGUUGUGGGCAUGGGUCAGCGGAGGAGGCUGCUCUGUGGACAGCCACUCCCAACUCAGCUGGUUUCAAAGCACCAUGAACUCUUCAUUAUUGGUCCAGUCCGUGCAAUCAAUGAGCCUGUCCGUCACCCCAGCCCAGAUGGCAGCCUGGCGGAAACAAAUCUUUGAACAACUCAGUGAGAGAACAAAGAGAGAAAUGGAUGACUUCCGACAUUAUGAACAAGCCAUAGAGCAGUGUGUGUGGGUGAAGAAGGGCACCAUGCAGUGGUGGAGAGACUGGAAGCCACACAGGUGGGUCGACGUCCAUUUCGCCCUGGAGCAGUUCUCUGGACCGGAUGGCAACAAGGAUGGAAUCCUUUUCGUGUAUUAUAACUACUACGAGGAGAAGAAGUACCUGCAUGCCUUUAUCAACGAGGUAACAAUUCUGGUGCCUGUGCUUAAUGAUGCCAAACACACUUUUGCCAUCUACACACCUGAGCGGAUCAAGAAGAGGUGGCCCAUUCGAGUGGCAGCUGCAACAGAGCAGGAGAUGCAUGAUUGGCUUGCACUGUUGAAUGUGUCAUGCUGUGACUCCAGGGGCAUCCAAGGUCCUCCUUCCAAACAGGCCAUCUGGUCCAUCACCUGUAAAGGGGACAUCUUUGUCAGCGAGCCCUCCCCCAGCCUGGAGGCCAUGCCAUACCCUACACCUUGCGAUCAGAUGUUUUGGCGUCAGGUUGGUGGCCACCUGCGUAUCGUGGAGUGUAACAGCAUCGGUAUUGUUUGGGGCAUCGGGUAUGACCACACUGCCUGGGUCUAUGCCAGAGGCUACGGCGGAGGUUUCUUCCAGGGUCUCCCAACUAGUAAUGACAGCAGUUACACACAGACUGAUGUCAAAAGCGUGUACAUCUUCGAGAACCAGAGGUGGAACCCUGUCACAGGCUACACAAACAGAGGUCUCCCGACUGACCGCUAUAUGUGGAGUGAUGCCUCCGGACUGCACGAGUGCACAAAAACUAACACCAAGCCUCCAUCACCUCAGUGGACAUGGGCAUCUGAAUGGACCAUCGACUACAGCGUCAGUGGCGGGACAGAUCGAGAGGGCUGGCAGUAUGCUGCAGAUUUCCCAGCGACAUACCAUGGCCAUAAAACCAUGAAGGACUUUGUGCGACGCAGGCGAUGGGCCAGGAAGUGCAAACUGACCACCGCAGGUCCUUGGCAGGAAGUCCCACCCAUCACACUGAGCGAUGUGACCAUUCUACCAUGUGCCGCCCACAGCAGCAUGGCUGUGCUCCCAGUAUGGGCCAUCAGCAGCAAGGGAGACGUGCUCUGCCGACUGGGAGUCACAAUGCUCACUCCUGCUGGAACAUCAUGGCUUCACGUUGGGACUGACCAGCCUUUCAAAUCUAUCUCCAUCGGGGCCGCAAGCCAGGUUUGGGCCAUCGCCAAAGAUGGCUCUACCUUCUACAGGGGGUCUGUGUCUGCUGAGACCCCUGCAGGCGAGUGCUGGUAUCACAUCCCUUCACCAAGUAAACAGAAGCUGAAGCAGGUGUCUGUUGGAAGGACAGCCGUCUACACUGUUGAUGACAAUGGUAACUUAUGGUACCGGAAGGGUUUGACCCCCAGCUACCCUCAGGGCUCUUCGUGGGAGUACGUAUCUAAUAAUGUCCGCAAAGUUUCUGUUGGGCCUCUCGAUCAGGUGUGGAUCAUAGCAGACAAGGUGCAAGGCAGUCACAGCCUGAGUCGUGGGACAGUGUGCCAUCGACUUGGAAUCCAUCCCAUGGAGCCCAAAGGACAGUCAUGGGAUUAUGGAAUUGGGGGUGGGUGGGACCACAUCAGUGUUCGAGGGAACGCCAUGGAGCCACCCCGAGUCUGUCUCCCUUCCCUGGGUGGCCCACUUGCUCAGGAGCCCCCGGUCUGUCAGUAACACAGAUGUUAAGACACAUACCAAAUUUUCUUUGCCUUUGUGGAACAUUUCACUGUUGCAUUCCCUCUAAACUUAACAUUUAUUCCUAUUUUUCUUACCCUAAUUCUCUGUAGUUGUGUGUAGUACAUUCAGUGUAAAAACAAGUUGAAUGCUCAUAUUUAGUUUAAUAGCCGGAUUUAUGUACUGUAUGCUAAGUCGCUACAUCGUCAUUGUUUGCUCACCUGUAGUCCAAAAGCAGUUGCCAGGUCAUUGCGGGAAAAUUUUAAAAGUUAAGACAAAUACCCUUAAGCACAGCGCUUAAUAAACCAUGGGUUUUAAUUGUGUAAAGAGUGAAAUGAAGUACCGGGAUUAAUAUUACUGCACGCAUCUACUCGGGUGGGUCAUGUGACACCUGCUUUAAGUUCAUAUAUACACACAAGUCCUGCAUCGACCUGGUGGCUACUUCUUAUGACCACUAUUUAUAUUCAUUGUCUCUGGAGUAUGUGCAAUGCUAAGGGGAAACUCCAUUCUCAGGUUGCUUGAUAAUAUUUUUGCUGUAAAAUAGUAUUAGAUAUUAUUCAAAUAACUAACAUUUUACACUCAAUUGAAAAUAAUACACAGCAACUGUAUGGGCAUGUAUUGCUUUCUGUGAAUUUAUGGUCUGUUACUGUGUAGAGGUGACAUUUAUGUCACACGUCGAUCGCACGAUCCAAUACCAGUCAAUAAAUACACGUGUUUAUU